GUGCUCCGGGACGGUGAAGCUCUGCCGGGCCUCUAUGGCGCAGGGGAAGUGACCGGCGGCGUGCAUGGCAACAACCGCCUGGGUGGCAACAGCCUCUUGGAGUGCGCCGUUUUUGGCCGUCUGGCCGGCGCCGGCGCCGCGGAGCGGGCCUUGAAGGACGCGGCUGAAG